UGCAGAGACACCGGCACGCACCUACAUCCACCUGGACCAACAGAAUUUUGAUGGGAGAAGAAGCAGCCUGUGUGCAGUUGCCCAGUCCUCUCAGUGCCUGACCUGUGGUUGUGCAGAAACGCCCCAAAAAGCAGCUUUAUUUGGGGACAAAUAGGCUGCUUGGAGCUUCUGAGGACGCGGAGACCCCAGUUUUCCUCACUGGAGAAGACCGUGGCGAGGAGCACCGGAGGGAGGGAGCGUGCCCUGCUCGGACACACCAACAGCUGGGGACCACAUCCCACCUUCCACCAUGGAGCUGAACCAGACCUCCCCACCUCCCUCAUCUCCCGUGAUGGACACAGAAGGAGAUGAUUCCUGUGGGAUCAAUGUCACCGAUGUGGCCAUAGAUGGUGUCACCCUGCUAAUCUGCCUCUGUGGGCUGGCUGGGAACGGGGCUGUCCUCUGGCUCCUCGGAUUCCACAUCCGCAGGAACCCCAUCACCGUCUACAUCCUCAACCUGGCUGUCGCCGACUUCACCUUCCUCCUCUUCAUGGUCCCCUCCUCCCUGCUCUACCUGCUGGAGGAUGUGUCCUGCUCCACUGUCGUGUCCCUGAAGUACCUGAGGUCCCUUCUCCUGCUGUCGCUGUUCUCCUACAACAUGGGGCUGUACCUGCUGACAGCCAUCAGCAUCGAGAGGUGUGGCUCAAUUCUCUUCCCCCUCUGGUACCGCUGCCGCCGUCCCCAGCGCCUGUCAUGGGUGAUGUGUGCCCUGCUCUGGGCCCUCUCCAUCGCUGUCAUGGUCGUGGUGACCUCCCUGUGCCUGUCACAGGAGCACGAGCACUGCCGGGUGGCUCUCAUCUCCAUGUACGCCCUCAGCUUCCUCAUCUUUGCUCCACCCAUGGUCAUCUCCAAUGUGAUCCUCUUCAUCAAGGUCCAGUGUGGCUCCAAGAGACGUCAGCCUAAGAGACUCUACAUUGUUAUCUUCCUCACAGUGCUCUUCUUCCUCAUCUUUGGAGUGCCCCUCAGCCUCUGGAAUUUCCUCCAGCAGCUCAGCCACACCGUUGUGUCCUCCCAGGUGGUUUUCCUGCUCGCCUGCAUCAACAGCAGCAUCAACCCCUUCAUCUACUUCUUGGUGGGGAGCUGCUGGAGGCACUGCUCCAUCGUGUCCCUCCAGGUCGCCUUCCAGAGGGUCUUUGAGGAGACAGGGAUCACCACAAUGUCCAGCUGAGAGGCCACUGUGGUCCCACCGCUGUGCUGUCCAUGCUGGCUUCAUGCUCAGCUGCCCAUCCUUGCUCCCAGCCAGGCCUGCAGGUCAUCUUCCUUCAGCUGUUAGUCAGGAUGCAGCCCAAAGCUUUUCCAUCCCUUUUCCUAUCCCACUGACCCAUGUUGUUGUGUCUAUCCCUAUCCCUACCUCUGUCCCUGUCCCUACCAUUGCAUCCCUAUCCCAUCCCCAUUCCCACCCCAGUCCUA